UUCCUUUUCCUCCAAAACAUUUCCUGUCCGUUUUUUCUGUCAGGACUAUCUCAAUCCCUACCUAUUGACUUGCUGAAAAGCCUUUAUCAUCCAGACCGAAAUCGCUUCCUACACCUGACGUGCGAACCAUAUCUCGAUUUCACGAUCAGCUUCCGUCGCUUCACGGCAUUUAACACCACCAGAAUGGUAGCAGCCGUGCCUGUUUCCGAUAAAGCCACCAGUAUUCAGUGGUAUCAUGGACUGUCGGGAGUAGUUGUUGAAGCUCCUGAUCUAACGGUUAUUAAGAGGCCCUUACCAGGAGAAGCGUCCGAAGCACAGCUAGAAAUCGAGCGCCGUAUCUACAAACGCCUGGGCCAUCACCCUUACAUCACCAAAUUCAUUGCCGCACAUUCCAACGAGAUCGUACUCGAACGUUUACAAUACACUCUUCGGAAGCGCCUUUUGGAACUCCGCAGGACGAACAAGCGGCCAGCCAGACAAAAUAUACUCCGGUGGGCGCGGCAAAUUGCACAAGCGUUCCAUCAUGUCCAUUCGUGUGGUGUGUUGCAGGUGGAUAUUGGCACGUACAAUGUCUUGCUGGACUGGAAUGAGGAUGUCAAGCUUUGCGACUUUGCCGGAUCUUCUCUCGAUGGUUCUGAGCCUACAGUGGCUCCCAGUGCACAUUCCACGCAUCCAAGGAUAUCUAUCACGCAUCCUUCCAUUCGAUCCGAACUGUUCGCCGUCGGCUCAAUGCUAUACGAAAUGGAGACAACGUACGAGCCGUAUGACGAUAAAAAUGAUGGGGAGCUUGAGGAGCUGUUUGACGCAGACCACUAUCCAGAGGUAGGAAAUUUAACGUUGGGUGAGGUGAUUACGAAAUGUUGGACUGGGCAGUAUGUGGAUGCUAGCGAGAUUGCUAUGGACAUUGGUCAGAUUGAAAAGCAUUUGAAGUGA